AUGGUACAGUAUUCAAAUCACAUUAUCUUUUUCAUAAAUCAAAAAGCAUACGUUACAGAGCAGCUGUGUGUCAACUUCAGAGAUGCGGGAACCGCCGACUGGAAAGCUGAUUUCAAGCGGAAUUUACCAGAAUGUGUAGAUGCUUUUGAACCUUGCUUCAUUAUUUUCCGCAUAGGUUCUCCAACGGAAUGGCUUUUGAUAACAUUUGCUGACGAUCGAGCACCAAUACGUGAGAAGAUGUUGAUAGCAUCAACCGGUGCGACAUUUAAGUCUGAAUUUGGGCAGUGCAAUAUUAAGCAUGAAUAUCAUGCGACGAGUAAAAAAGAUUUAACCUUGGAUGCAUUUGAAAGAUGGCUGAAAUCUUGUAGCGAACCUGCUCCCUUGACGGAAGUUGAGAAAGAGUUGGAAACAGCCUAUAGGGAACAGAAGUCUCUUAAUGCAUCUGCUGUUGCUGCACAAACCUUGAAAGGGGUUUUGUUUCCCAUAGAUGGCAACGCAGUGGAAGCACUCCGUAACCUAGCAGAUCGGGUGGUCAACUAUGUCCAACUUUCAGUAGAUACGUUGAAUGAAGCAAUUAAGCUUGAAAAGUCAGAUCGUGAUGUGCCUUGUGAACGCUUAGCAGAAGUGAUGCCACGUGACAAGCCACGAUAUCAUUUCUAUCGGUUUAAUCACACAUAUCAAGACAGACCUUUUGAAACUAUCGUAUUUGUUUAUACCAUGCCUUCAUCUGGGUGUACCAUAAAGGAGAAAAUGCUGUACUCCAGUUGUAAGCAACCUUUUCUUAUGAGUGCUGCUGAAAGUGCAAAUUUGAAACCUGAUAUCAAAAUUGAAACCGACAGUAAAGAAGUUCUUACAUACGACGUUCUAAUGCAGCACGUUCAUCCUCCUGUAGGCCUCCGCGACCCAGGCUUUGCCAAACCUCCGGGCCCACAUCAUAGGGGAUCUCGACGAAUCAUCAAAGCUGGCCUUUAG